AUGCUGGAGCUGAGUAUUACCUGCCAGCGGGACGGUCAGAUCAUAUCCAGCGGCACUGCAUGGUGUGUAGCGAGCAAAACUGCGCCUCCCUUUGAUGGAGUUGUUGUUCCCCCACUACCGCUUUCACCGUCUCAGGCAGAUGCAGGCCGUUUGCGGUGGAAGGCAGUGCAGCAGCGUCAUGCGGGGCAAAGACCUCGCCUCGUGCGUGCAGCAGACGCUGAGGCUGGCACCGUAGUCGAAGUUUCGGCAUAUUCAGAGUUUGAUGUUGCGUCUGCUGUGCCUCUGGCGCAGAUCACAGGUGGUAUCUUGAUUGGCAUGAGUGAAGCCAAUGGGCGUGUUUCUGCCAAUGUCGGGGCUGCCAAGCGUGAUAUCUUUGGAAAUUUGGCCAUCACAAAUGCGUCCAAAGACUCAGCUCGAGGUAUGGUUUUGCACCGAAAGUUGUGGGGCGGACAGCUUUCGAACUUGGGUAACUGGAUGGUGCCAGAAAGAGCCGCUGUUGCGGAUGAGGAUCACAAGCCAGCGGCGGAAUCCAGCGUGUUGGAAAUGUCUCGCUACAAAGAGGAGGAAGUAUCGCAACAGCUUCACAAUGCUGUUGACGAGGUUCGUGCUGCGGUGCAAGCAGCAGUGCAUGGGUGUGAAGCAAGGAAAGCCCAAGCACACGAAAGCAGCCUCGAGCUGCAGGUUGCAGCUGAGCAAAAGCAGGAGGCGAGGAGUUUGGCAGCUGCUGGCCGCCUCUCGGGGGCCGAGUUCCGUGUGGAAGCAGCAGCAAGGCGUUCGUUGGAGGCUGAAGAGUCCAGCUGUAUCGCCAGGCUGCAGUAUGAGCAGGAGAUCUCAGAGAUGCGUCAGCACGGUGAGAAGGAGGAGGCAGAGACCCUCCGACGUGUGCUUGCUGCGGAAGAGGCUUUGGCAAACUCCAUGCGAUGGUCUGGCCAGAACCAUCAGCUUGGAUUGGAGCUCUUUGGUGUCAUUCAGACUUCGCCGGCCUCCAGUGGUGCAGAUGGGGGCCAAGAGGCUGGAUGA